UCUAAUUCCCUAGCUCCAUCGUUAAGUAGCAAGUACUACAACUUUUCCAUUCUUCCUCUUCAUUUUUCUUGCUUUCUCACAAGGCCAAAAAUUAUCAACUGUUUAAGUUGGAACCUGGCCUAGCCUGCAACAUGGGCAACAACGCGGCUAACAAGGAUACAAGACUCAGCCGGUACUUGAAGGCACCCAUUAGAAUCCUGAUCAAGAUCAGGGAAUUCUACGUCCAAGGCAUGACUGAAUUAUCGGGUCGCUUUGAAUACGGCACGGCCAUGGGAUGCCCCACUCCCCAAAUAGCCACUCUCCCUAAGAGCUUCAGCACCAACUCCUCCAGAUCCAGCAACAACAAUGAAGAUUUCAGGGAGCUUAUGAGGGCUGCAUCUACUAGGGGCCUUGGCAAUAAAGUUCAGGCGGAUCUUCUUCGAAGACAGCAGGCCGUUGGCAACUCUCCAGCAACUCAUGCUAGCUCUGCACCUGGUAAUGUAUUUCGGAGCCGCAGUGUUGCUUUUGGGAGGAUCGAUGAAGACGAGCCCUGCGAUUUUGAAGAAGAUAUCAAGGUCAAUGCAGAUGUGUAUCCAAGAAGCAGAAGCCACGCUGUCGCUAGGAGAAGUAGAGUGUUUUAAGAUUAUAGUAUAGCGAAAGAAAAAAAGGGAAUUAAAAUUCCUAAUUAUAUAUAUGUCUCCUUUGAUGAUCUUAUAGUUUGUUGUUCCUAAUCAUUGUUUUUUGUUUUU